GGCGGGGCGGCCGCCAGAGUGUUUUCAGUUCCGCCUCCAGUCGGCCCAUUCCCCUCUCCCCUCCCGGUCCCUCCAUCCCCUUCUGAAGAGGAAGGAACAAAGGUCCCGGACCCCCCCGGGUUCUUGACGGGGCGGGACCCGGAGCCCCGGUCCAGGUUAGAUUAAGGAGGAUAUUUUCUUAGCGUGGACCACCGCUUUCGGUAAGACCAUGUCGUCCAUCUUGCCAUUCACUCCACCAGUUGUGAAGAGACUGUUGGGAUGGAAGAAGUCAGCUGGUGGAUCUGGAGGAGCGGGUGGAGGAGAGCAGAAUGGACAGGAAGAAAAGUGGUGUGAGAAAGCAGUUAAAAGUUUGGUGAAGAAGCUGAAGAAAACAGGACGAUUAGAUGAGCUUGAGAAAGCCAUCACCACUCAGAAUUGUAAUACUAAAUGUGUUACCAUACCAAGCACUUGCUCUGAAAUUUGGGGACUGAGUACACCAAAUACGAUAGAUCAGUGGGAUACAACAGGCCUUUACAGCUUCUCUGAACAAACCAGGUCCCUAGAUGGUCGUCUUCAGGUGUCCCAUCGAAAAGGACUGCCUCAUGUAAUAUAUUGCCGAUUAUGGCGCUGGCCUGAUCUUCACAGUCAUCAUGAACUCAAAGCAAUUGAAAACUGCGAAUAUGCUUUUAAUCUUAAAAAGGAUGAAGUAUGUGUAAACCCUUACCACUACCAGAGAGUUGAGACACCAGUUUUGCCCCCGGUGUUGGUGCCCCGGCACACAGAGAUCUUAACAGAGCUGCCCCCUCUGGACGACUACACCCACUCCAUUCCAGAAAACACUAACUUCCCAGCAGGAAUCGAGCCGCAGAGUAAUUACAUCCCAGAAACGCCACCUCCUGGAUAUAUCAGUGAAGAUGGAGAAACAAGUGAUCAACAGUUGAACCAAAGUAUGGAUACAGGAUCUCCAGCAGAAUUAUCUCCUACUACUCUUUCCCCUGUUAAUCAUAGUUUGGACUUGCAGCCAGUUACUUACUCAGAGCCUGCAUUUUGGUGUUCAAUAGCAUAUUAUGAAUUAAACCAGAGGGUUGGAGAGACCUUCCAUGCCUCACAGCCCUCACUCACCGUAGACGGCUUCACAGAUCCAUCAAAUUCUGAGAGGUUCUGCCUAGGUUUACUCUCCAACGUAAACAGAAAUGCUACGGUAGAAAUGACAAGAAGACAUAUAGGAAGAGGAGUGCGCUUAUAUUACAUAGGUGGGGAAGUUUUUGCUGAGUGCCUAAGUGAUAGUGCAAUCUUUGUGCAGAGCCCCAACUGUAACCAGAGAUACGGCUGGCACCCUGCAACCGUGUGUAAAAUUCCACCAGGCUGUAAUCUGAAGAUCUUCAACAACCAGGAAUUUGCUGCUCUGCUGGCUCAGUCCGUUAAUCAGGGUUUUGAAGCCGUGUAUCAGCUAACUAGAAUGUGCACCAUAAGAAUGAGUUUUGUGAAAGGGUGGGGAGCAGAAUACCGAAGGCAGACGGUAACAAGCACUCCUUGCUGGAUUGAACUUCAUCUGAAUGGACCUCUGCAGUGGUUGGACAAAGUAUUAACUCAGAUGGGAUCCCCUUCAGUACGUUGCUCAAGCAUGUCAUAAAGCUUCAUCAACCAAUCAAGUCCCAUCAAAAGACUUAAUAUACCAACUCUUCUGUCAUAGUAUUUGUGUGUGGUCCCCGUGGACUGUUUACUAUCCAAAAAUUCAAGAGAAAACAGCACUUGAGGUCUCAUCAAUUAAAGCACCUUGUGGAAUUGGUUUCCUAUGUUCGAAUAUUAGAUGGGAAAAGUAAUGUCUAGAAAUACUCUCCCGUAAAGGAGGAAGAGAAGAUUUUAAAGACUUACUGAUGUCUUGUUGGGCAUAACACUGAGUGUCCCAAAGGUUUAUUAGUAGCAGUAGUAGUUACGUGUGCAGGUAAUGUAUCAUGACCCAGUAUCACAGUAUGUGCUGUUUAUAUGCAUUUUUAGUUUGCAUAAAUUAGGUGUGUGUGUGCUGCUUCUUGAUUUAGGCAAGCCUUUAUAAAGUUACAGUACCUAAUCUGUUAUUCCCACUUCUUUGUUAUUUUUGUGUGUCUUUUUUAAUAUAUAAUAUAUAUCAAGAUUUUCAAAUUAUCAUUUAGAAGCAGAUUUCCCUUGUAGAAAAACUAAUUUUUCUGCCUUUUACCAAAAAUAAACUCUUGGGGGAAGAAAAGUGGAUUAACUUUUGAAAUCCUUGACCUUAAUGUGUUCAGUGGGUCUUAAAUAUUCAUUCUUUCUGUGUUUGUUUACUUACUGCUAAAUCUUAUUAUAAGGAAACUUCAUGGAAAUCUUUCUAAACCUCUCCUCCGGUUCUACUUUUCCACCAAAACAGUGUAGCAUGGCAUCCAUCACCAUCAGUGAUUUGCACUGAUACUGCCAGCACCAGUUAAUUCUGGGUACAAUGAGAAUUCAUGUGGAGUAAGUCCCUUUGUCUUACACCAAAUUUCAGUUUCAGCAGGUAAUAAUAGACUUAUGUAACCUGGCAGUCUUUUGAUUUAUCUUUACACCUCAUAAAAAAUGCACAGGUGGCAGUAUAAUUAUUUUCAGGGAUAUGCUGCAAUUAUUUCGAUAUAUUUAUCCUUUCUGAAAAUUCAAUCUAUAAAUAUAAACACUCUUUUUUAAAAGAUACUUUCAAAUAUUUCAGUAGCAAACCUAGUGCUCUUUUGAGUUGAAUUUCAUUGGAUUUAAUUACCAGAUUGUCUUAUGAAAUGGACCUUUUGUAAAUGUAAUUGCUUCGGCAGAAUACCUAGAAAAGUAAUGCUGAGGUCUGAUCAGCAGAUAGGGGCCAUCUGUUUUUAAGGUAUGUUGUAUUAAAUUUAUAAAAUCUAUGUUAUUUUACAUAAUUAUGAAUUCUGAAUUGUAAAAUUUGGGGGAGAAGCCGUUUAGCAAGUUUUUUAUCUUAUGAA